UGCCGCGCGGCCGCAGACACCGAGCUGGACGCGUCCGCUCAGAGCAACACCGGCCGCUGCAGCGGAGCACCGACUCGGGGAGCGCCGGACCGGGAGGCUGCUGACGGCCAGCUGACAGAGACUGUUUUCCCCGGGGACAGGGACAAACCUCCUGCAGGAGCCGCGGCCAGGAGCGUGUCUCUCUCUCCUACCCCUCCUCAUCUCUCUCCUCCCGGGGCUGCAGCGAUGCUGCCGCCCAGCCACUAGGAUUCCCCCCCGCCGUGAGGGACCGGAGCCCCGGCAUGGCUCUAGCGGCGCUCCGCGGCGGCAGAUGCCUGCAGGGCUGCUGCGUGGGGACCUUGUGUUUGCAGCUGCUGCUCUGGGUUUUCUGCUCCGUGAACGGAGAGGAGCAGCCGUUCAGCGUCGAGGCAUGGCUCCAGAGGUAUGGCUACCUCCCUCCUGCAGACCCCAGAAUGUCAGUGCUGCGUUCUGCCAGAGUCAUGCAUUCUGCUAUCGCUGCCAUGCAGCGCCGCUACGGCCUAAAUGUCACAGGGGCUCUGGACACCAACACCAUUACCGAUAACACCAUAAGGUGGAUGAAGAAGCCCAGGUGUGGGGUUCCUGAUCAGAUAAGCGGUGUAUCCAAAUUCAAUGUCAGGAAGCGGCGGUACGCCCUCACGGGCCAGAAGUGGCAACAUAAACAUAUCACAUACAGCAUAAAGAACGUGACGCCCAAAGUGGGCGCCGACGAGACCCACGACGCCAUCCGGCGAGCCUUCGACGUGUGGCAGAACGUGACGCCGCUGCACUUCGAGGCCGUGCCCUACAGCGAGCUGGAGCGGUCCAAGAAGGACGUGGACAUCACCAUCAUCUUUGCUUCAGGUUUCCACGGGGACAGCUCACCUUUCGACGGCGAGGGGGGAUUCCUGGCUCACGCCUACUUUCCAGGGCCGGGAAUAGGAGGCGACACGCACUUCGACUCAGACGAGCCAUGGACGCUGGGCAACCCCAACCACGACGGUAACGAUCUGUUCCUGGUAGCUGUCCACGAGCUCGGCCACGCACUCGGCCUCGAACACUCCAACGAUCCCACAGCCAUCAUGGCUCCCUUUUACCAGUACAUGGACACGGACAACUUCAAGCUGCCCAAGGACGACCUGUCGGGCAUCCAGAUGAUCUACGGGAUACCUGAUAAGAGUCCCCAGCCCACCAAGCCUUUGCCGACGGGGCCCCUUCCUCGCUCCCAUCCUCCGUCAGACCCCCGUAAGCCCGACAGGCAGACGCGACCCCCGAGGCUUCCCCCAGGAGACAGACCGUCACAUCCCAAUGCUAAACCAAACAUCUGCGACGGAGGCUUUAACACCUUGGCGAUACUGCGGAGAGAGAUGUUCGUCUUCAAGGACCACUGGUUUUGGCGGGUGAGAGACAACGCUGUGAUGCCAGAAUACCCCAUGCUCAUCAGUGUUUUCUGGAGGGGCCUGCCCGCCAAGAUAGAUGCAGUCUACGAGAACAGCGACAGCAAGUUCGUCUUCUUCAAAGGAAAGCAGUUCUGGGUAUUUAAGGACACGGUGAUGCAGCCUGGGUACCCAAAGGACAUCACCCAGUUUGGCCACGGUAUGCCGGCUCAGAGCAUCGAGACAGCUGUGUGGUGGGAGGACGUAGGGAAGACCUACUUCUUUAAAGGGGACAGCUACUGGCGCUACAACGAGGAGAUGAGGACCAUGGACCCCGGCUACCCCAAGCCCAUCACGGUGUGGAAGGGCGUGCCUGAGUCACCACAGGGGGCCUUUUUCGACAAAGCCAACGGUUUUACCUACUUCUACAAGGGGAAGGAGUACUGGAAGUUCAACAACCACCUGCUGCGGGUGGAGCCGGGCUACCCGCGCUCCAUCCUCAAGGACUUCAUGGGGUGCGAGCUGCGGCGCAUCGACCCGGGCCGCCCGCCGGCCGACGACGGCAACACGGACGUGGUGAUCGAGCUGGACAACGAGGCCAACACGGUGAAGGCCAUCGCCAUCGUCAUCCCGUCGGUGCUGGCGCUGUGCAUGCUGGUGCUGGUCUACACCGUGGUGCAGUUCAAGAGGAAGGGCCCGCCACGCCACAUACUGUACUGCAAACGCUCCAUGCAGGAAUGGGUCUGAACCUUUGGUGGGAGGAGAGGAAGGGGGCGAGGAUGAGAGGAGAAGCUGGAGAAGAAGAGGAGGAGAACAGCCCUCACCUUCGCCGAGAGGAGGACGGCUGACGUCGGACUGGUUUUAAGAACACGGCCAAGUCUCCUCCGCUCGGGCGGUCCCACGCCUUCGUUCCUCACGAACAUCCAGACACUCUGACUGUGAUCCGUCAAACAAAAAAUUAGCGCUGACUCCGUUACCCCCCAGCCUUUUUAACAAACAGGGGAGCAGAGCGGUUCUUAACCGGGAUGGACCGUCGGUCCCAGUGCAGAAAAAAACAAACAGACUUCAAAAGAACAAAAAAGAAAACAUAAAAAACAAAAAUCAGGAGGGUCAGCAUCACUUUGUAUGUCUGAAAUUUGACUUCCUUUUUCCUUCCUCUUUUAUUUCUCUGCCCGUCUGCUUUUAGUCAGAGGGAGGACUUUCAGGGGGAUGCGCACUUUUCCCGCAGGGCACGGCAUCGCCAUCCGUCAUAUCAAGUUGUUGGUGGAACAACAGUUUUCUUAUUCCCGGACCGAGUGCCCGUCCCUCAUGCCCUUCUCAUCCCAAAAAAGAGAAAAGAAGAAAACUUGAGCUUAUCACUCUACCACGUCAUCAACCCCCUUUGGUUUUUUUAUUACUCAUUUUAAUUUCUGAUUUUAAACAUUUGAAUUAAUUUCAGAGAAGAGGUCCUCACUGUUCCCUUUAACACUCCUGAGACCAAACUAAACCAAGUGAAAUUAUUUUAUCUCCAAAGAGGGUUUUUGCCUUUUUUUAUCUUCUUUGUUUUUGUUUUGUUUUUUUUUCUUCUCUCUUCAGUUCAUCCUCUUUCCCUUCUCUGGAUCCUUGCAGCGAUUAGGAGUCAGGGAGCUCUGACUGUUGUGGCAGUCUGUUUGAGACACAGGGGCCAAAUUAUUCUGCAAUAUUUUUACUCGCCUUAAUUAUACAGUAGAUCAUACUUCUCGUGCUUGGUUUUGCUGUUCCUGGUGGUUCUUUUGUUUUUCUUUUUUUUAAAUUGUAUAUUGCUUUUCAUUUUUGUUUGUUUGUUGAAGAAGCUUAAAUAAGUGCUUCUUGUGAUCGGUAUUUUCUUGAUUUUAUUACGUUACCCAGAAUCCUCAGCACUGGCUUGCUGAGCCGUUCUGGUCAGAAUAAACAAUAAGAUCCGCCUGUAUUGAGAGUAACGACUUGUAUUGUUGGAAGGUUCUGGAGUAAAGCCACUAUUUUUGUGUGUUUUUAAGAUGUAUGUUACUGUUGCUUUUUUUUAUUAUUUCCUUUUGACAAAAACCAGACUAACGCAAGCUUGUUUUCUGUCCACAUUUCCAUCGGUUUUAAGAGCAGUCGACGUGUGCAUCCAGGACGGUUGUUCUGUGUGGUCACAUGUGAACUAACGUACCACUUUUCAACAGAAAAACCCAUCGACUGCCUUGUCCGAGAGCUUUGCAGUUCUCAGAACGCUCUCGCUCCACUUCAAAGCGAGACAGAAGUCAAGAUCAGUGCCUGUGUCAGCGUGCAUGCGAGGAUUUACCCUGCAGGUUCUCCUCAACACGGCUUCGGGACCGCCUCAGACACCGAGGACCACCUUUUUUUUGCUCGAAAAUUUGAAGUUUGCAUCAAUUAUUGUACUUUUCCCCUUUCCGGGUACAAUUAAGUCUAAAAUGACCACAAAAAAAAAAAGAGUGGAAUAUUUGCAAAUCUGAAAAAAUCUGAUGGACCAUUUCUAAGUCAAAUUGUCCUCAACCAGCCGCUAGUAAACCAGCAUUGUCCUCACUGUCUUGGCAAACGGUUUUUGAAUGUGAGUUUGCUGUCAUGAUCACGUACUGUUUUUUUAAGUUUUUUUUUCUUUUUUUUUUCAUGUUUUCUGGUCAAAACGAACUGGACGUGUCACAAUGACUUCUUUGUGUAAGACUCUGGGACAACUGAAAAACAUGUCCUGUCUGAACGAAUAAAUUGAUCAAUAUAUGGUGAA